AUGCUUCCUGGAGGUGUCUGCGCGGUGCUGGACUACGAGGUAGACCAGAUGACCGACUAUGUUUCUGAAAUGGCACAACGACUCAUCCUUCCUGGUUCUGCUGUCUCCCCUGCUUUCCGCAAGUUUGUCUCGGGUCUCCUCUCAUCCACGAGACUUCCCACCACUACCAUCCUUCUCGGAAUGAACUACCUCGCCAGACGAGUCAACAUGCUCAAUGCUGCUGGUGGAUUCAAGCCUACUGAUGGAGAGGUAUGGCGGAUGUUGACUAUUGGUCUGGUUCUGGGAAGCAAGUUCUUGGAUGACAACACGUUCCAGAAUCGAUCAUGGUCUGAGGUCAGUGGCAUCGCCGUCUCUGAAUUGAACACGCUUGAGCACAAGUGGUUGGAAUCCAUCUCAUGGAACCUGUACGUCAACCUUGACGAGAGUAAGGAUUACAACGCCUGGUUGCAGAGUUGGCGCGACUGGCUCGAGCAGAAGAACCUCCAGCGUACUGCUACGCUGGAGCGCCUUGCACCUCUUGCCCCCAUCGAUACCAACGUCCAGAGAAACCGCCCGUAUCCGCAAAGCUACGGUUAUCCAAAGACCGCAUCGCGAGAGCGCGCUCAGACUGGCUACAUGGCUCAAUACCAACACCCUGCUUGGUCGAACUCGUAUCCCACUCCUCAGCUCACUCCUCCCUCGGCACCUCAUUCCGGCGUCAACACUCCAGACUACUUCAGCGCUCCCGGUGGAGGUCUUCGAUACGGUGAUUGGGGCUUGUUUGAUCAAUACUCGAGGGGAUUCCAACCGCCACCCCAUGCCACAUACGUUCCUGCUCGCGUUGCUUCCUACCACACGCCAUUCACGAACCAUUACAGCAAUCACUACGGUGGAAACAUCUGGGAUCCCAAUGUCGUGGAUUGCCCCUGCCACGCCUGCAAUCCUCAUAUGAAGCAGCCAUACUUUAUGAAUGCUCAUGCAUACGGACAGCAGAUCGUUGCCGGAUAA